GUGGGGCAGAUAGGCUUGGGGGGCCCCAAGAAUGUGUGGAGACCUGGUCCUGUCCCUCAGCUCUGUGCCAUGCCCUUCCAGAGGCUCCAGUGAUCUCCUCCGAGCCUCCACCUAGCCACCUGCGCAAGCAGGAGGGCACCGCACUUCUGGCCGAGGUGCCCUGGUCCCCCUGGGUCCACACAGGGCCCUCCUGGGACUGCAUGAACUUUAGUCACCUGGUGACAAGCCUAACCGCCGCGCCUCCUUGCUGCUGUGACGUCAGUAUUGACCAUCCUCCCAGCCUGGCUGGACCUCUUGCUGAGGACUCCCUAUUCCGCACCCCACUCAGAAGCCUCCAGCUGCCCUUCUGGGAUGCUGGGUGCCCUUUAGCUGACCUCUUGGCACUCUGGGAUUAGGAGUACGAGGAGGCGGCCUGCUCUGGCGAUUUCAGAGAGGACUGGUUGUAAGUUUCCUUGGAGUGUCGGGGAGUUCCUGCUCAUCCAGACAGCUGUUCUUUUAGGAGCCACCUCCCCAGGGAAGGUGUGGUACCCCCACUGGACGAGCCAUGAAGAAUCGGUUUCUGAUGCUGGGCCUGGUGGCCGUGGUCCUGGUAUUCAUCAUCAUCGGCCUCUGCAUCUGGCUGCCCUACACCUCUGGGAAGCAGGACCACGUGUACUCCAGGGUAGCUGUGGCCACGGAUGCCAAGCGCUGCUCAGAGAUUGGACGGGACAUGCUGCGGGAAGGCGGCUCCAUGGUGGAUGCAGCCAUCGCGAGCCUGCUGUGCAUGGGGCUCAUGAAUGCCCACAGCAUGGGCAUCGGGGGCGGCCUGUUCUUCACCAUCUACAACAGCACCACACGGAAAGUUGAGGUUAUCAAUGCCCGAGAGGUGGCCCCCAGGCUGGCCAAUACCAGCAUGUUCAAUAACUCCAAGGACUCUCAGGAAGGUGGCCUUUCGGUGGCAGUUCCCGGCGAAAUCCGUGGCUAUGAGCUGGCACACCAACGCCACGGGCGGCUACCCUGGGCUCGCCUGUUCCAGCCCAGCAUCCAACUGGCUCGCCAUGGUUUCCCUGUGGGCAAGAGCUUGGCCAUGGCCCUGAACCAAAAACGGGAUAUCAUUGAACAGACGCCUGCCUUGUGCGAGGUGUUCUGCCGGCAAGGAAAGGUGCUUCAGGAGGGAGAGACGGUGAUUAUGCCAAGGCUGGCCCGGACACUGCAGACACUGGCCCAGGAAGGUGCCAAGGCCUUCUACAAUGGGAGCCUCACAGCCCAGAUUGUAAAGGACAUCCGGGAGGCUGGGGGCAUCAUGACAGUCCAGGACCUGAAUGACUACCGUGCCGAGCUGAUUGAGCAUCCCAUGAGCAUCAGCCUCGGCGACUCAAAGCUGUAUGUGCCAAGCGCCCCGCUCAGCGGGCCCGUGCUGGUUCUCAUCUUGAACAUCCUCAAAGGGUACAACUUUUCUCCGAAGAGCGUGGCAACCCCCGAAGAGAAGGCGCUAACGUACCACCGUAUUGUGGAGGCCUUUCGCUUUGCCUAUGCCAAGAGGACCAUGCUCGGUGACCCAAAGUUUGUUAAUGUGUCUCAGGUGAUCCGAAACAUGACCUCUGAGUUCUUCGCUGCUCAGCUACGGACCCGCAUCUCAGACGGAACCACUCACCCAGUGGCCUACUACGAGCCUGAAUUCUACGUCCCCGAUGGCGGCGGCACUGCUCACCUGUCUCUGGUUUCGGAGGAUGGCAGUGCUGUGUCCGCCACCAGCACCAUCAACCUCUACUUUGGCUCCAGGGUCCUAUCACGAGUCAGUGGCAUCCUGUUUAAUGAUGAGAUGGAUGACUUCAGCUCACCCAACUUCAUGAACCAGUUUGGGGUAGCCCCCUCACCGGCCAACUUCAUCAAGCCAGGUAAGCAGCCACUUUCAUCCAUGUGUCCCUCAAUCAUUGUGGAUAAGGACGGCAAGGUGCGGAUGGUGGUGGGGGCUUCAGGAGGCACACAGAUCACCACGUCCACUGCGCUGGCCAUCAUUAACCACCUGUGGUUUGGCUAUGAUGUGAAGAGAGCGGUAGAGGAGCCCCGGCUUCAUAACCAGCUUUUGCCCAAUACCACGACAAUAGAGAAGAACAUUGAUCAGGCGGUGACAGCAGGCCUGAAGACUCGCCACCACUACACAGAGGUCACACCCACCUACAUUGCUGUGGUUCAGGCUGUUGUGCGAACGUCAGGUGGUUGGGCCGCUGCCUCAGACUCCAGGAAAGGCGGGGAACCAGCCGGCUACUGAGUGCUCCGAAGGGGCAAGACUGACCUGCAGUCCGGGGAUGAGAUAGUUACUAUGAACGAGAGUGGGACUCUGGAGAACAUGCUAACCCUGAGGGAGACAGAGCAGCGUAAUAAAUGGCCACGCCAAGCUCCAGGAAGCCUUGCUGGCUGGACUUCCCGUA